AUGAUGCUGGAGUCGGUCCUGAUGCUGGAUUUGAGGAGUCUACGAAUCAAAUUUGUCUGUUUUUAUGCAAGUAGAGGAAUCUUAGGCUGUUUUUUCCAUCAAAUUAUCUUUUUAUUUUGCAAAUUUGUGUGUUCUUCCUGUUAAACAUUUGACUUGAAUGGAACAGGGACACAGAAAAGUGCAAAGAAAGAACCCUAAAAGUGAGAAGCAUCAUCCCUCUGGCUUCUCCUUGGUGUUGCCUUUGGUUUGCACCACGUGGAUCGAUUUUUGUGAAGUUUUAAGGGUUCAAACUUUGGUUUACCAUGAUUAAAAUGGAGUUGGCUUUGAACUCAAGGCAAGGCAAAUUUAUUUAUAUAGCACAUUUCAACGACGAGGCGAUUCAAAGUACUUUACAAAGACAUUAAGACAGAAGAUGGCAACAAUUAUUAAAAGAAAAACAAAAGAAAACAUUUAUAAAAUCUUUUUUUUUAAAAAAAAAAGGUCAGAACGGUAAAAAGAUCAAAAACAAAAGUCAGAAAACAAGGGCUGUUUAAAAUAACUCAUAAAAUAAAAGUUAAAAUAACUGUUAAAAGUAACUUAAAAUAAUUUAAUCAAAGGCGGCUGAGAAAGCUAGAAUCAAUCCUGAUGGUGGAUCUGAGGAAGGUGAAGAGUCAGAUUUCUAUAUCUUUAUGUAGGUAGCGGUAUCUUACACUGUUUUGUCCAUCAAGGAUCUUUUUAAUUUUGCAAAUUUAUGUGUUGUUCCACUUAGACAUUUGAUUGAAAUGGAGCAGAAUAGUGCAAAGAAAAGAAGCCUAAAAGCGAGAAGCUUCGUCCCUCUGGCUUCUCCUUGCACCAAACUGACCAUUUUUGGUGAAGUUUUAAGAGUUCAAACUUUGGUUUAACAUCAGUAUUUUUAGACUCAGUCCUGAUGCCAGACUCAACCUUAGGAGAGCUUAAGAGUCAAAUUUCUUUAUUUUUAUGCACAGAGAGGCGUUUUUUUUCAUCAAAUAUCCUUUCAUUUUACUAAACUGAGCCAGGUCACAGUGCCAUGUCUUUGUUCUUCCUGGUAAACAUGAUUUAAAUGGAACAGAGAAACCAAAGUAGAAAAAGAAGUCUGAAAGUAAAGAGUGUCAUCCCUCUAUCUUGUCCUUGGCGUUACCUUUGAUUUACACCAAACCGACCAUUUUUGGUGAAGUUUUAAGGGUUCAAACUUUGGCUUAACAUGAUUAAAUGGGGUAAAGUAAAAAUAUGUCUGUAUAGUCAGGAAAAUAUACAGUAAUCAAUGUAGAAGAAUGCCUUCUGUGACUGUUAGAGUACACUAAAGGACAAAAUACAAUCAUUUUUCCUGAUUAUCUUGACAUGUUUUGAUUUUAAGUGGCAUUUUAAAUGAAGAACUUGAACUUGUUAUGAAGGUGGAGAAAAUAAUUCAGUCCUUUCAGUAAGUUAAAGUACUCUAAGUUAAAAUCCUGGGUUUAAAAUGUUAAGUAUCUCAGUAUUAUCAGGAAAAUCUUCUGUAUUCUGUACUAUGUUGUACUCUAACACUCACAGGAGGCCUUUUUCUGCCAUGAAUACACUAUAUUUUCCUGAUUAUCCUGACGUACUUUUACUUUUAGUGACAUUUUGAUUGUUAGACUUUAACUUGUAAUAAAGUACUUUCACUUUAGUAAAGCGUGUAAAUAUUUCAUCCACAAUUAUCUAAGUAAAAGUACUCGAUUACUAGUAGAAGUCCUGCAUUUAAUCUGUAAAAUAUUAUGUAUUCAAAGCAGAAAAAUGCCUCCAAUGACUGUAAUAUGAUUAAUUAUCUCAUUAGAUUAUUCUAAUUAUUGCAUUAAUGUAAACAUAGAAUUGUGUUUCUUUUAAAUCUGGGGUUUUUCUGCUGAUCAUUUCCUCCAUCAAUGGAUUUUUUUCAUCCAGAAAAAUUCUAAAAGUAGUGAGAAAUGACAUCCAAACUGCUUAAAAUUGAUCUAAAAAUCUAUUUUAAGUCAAUUCACACAGUAGUAAGCUGAGUAAUCAUUUCAGCUGCUCUUACAGAAACUGUUAGUAUAUAACUGUGUCAUAUUUUAUUCAUUUUUCAUGUUUUUUGUGCAAAAAUGUGAAUUUUCUGGAUAAACGCCAUGCAGCAAAAGACAGAAAGUAGCUUAAAUUUUUCAGUACUUGAGUUAAUGUUCUUAGUUCCAUUCCUCCGCUGAGAAUAAGCAGCUAGUUCCGUUCAGUUUAGUUCUCUUUAGAAAAACAUGACAGCAAAGCAGAACCUCCCAGACCUGGAAUGCAGCCGACGCGUUCAGAUGUUUGUCUGAAAGGUGAGGUGAAGUUAUGUAAAACUUAAAACUCCCAAAAAUCUUAAAAGUUCACGACUGACGAGGCGAUGGAGCAGAAAGAAAUGUGGAUUUUGAAUAUUCUUCAGCAGUGUUUAACCUUUUUUUUUUUACAUCUCUAAAGAGGACAACAGGUCUAAUAAAACCCGUUUUUCAGGUUUCUGUCCGUUUGAGGAUGGCAGCUGCUGACAGAUUUUUCACCGAUGAUGAUUCCUCUGACUCACUAAAGCUCGUUCACACACAAUGAAGGCGCUGUCCUCGCCUUUAAAUGUGUCUGUCUUGUCUCGUCCCCUUUGUUGUUUCAAGGACGAACUUGAAAAGUGAACCAGAAGAUCCACCGAGGGAAGAAACUCGGCCUUUAUCUGAGGCCGUGUUUGGGCCGUGGACCACUGUUUGGCCAACCACAGCCCUCUCCCCUCUUCUUCUCUGGUUUCUUGCAGACGUUGAAGCAGCUGCAGCUGCUGUUUCUGAGGACGUGAACCUGACCUGCAGCUGCUCGGUGUCUUCCUGAAACAAAAAGAGGCACCAUCAGGCUGCAGGUCGAACAGGAAAAUCAGGAUCAUUCAAAAGGAUGAGGACAAGAUGCAAAACAGGACAGGAUCAUCCUCACCACGCCUUCCUCCCUGGAGCUGCUGCAGGUUUCAUCAGGGCGGAUUUAGAGCCUUGAAGUCUGAAACAGCUGAUCUCUGAAGAGCUGCAGGAAGUUCAGAUGAAGCUGCAAGUUCAAACACAACCAGACGGACUCUGACCCGCUGCCGGCUGCUGAUUGGCUGGAGCCCGAUUCUCUGGCUGCUGAUUGGCUCUCCGGCUGCAGGAGGCGGAACUGGAUCGUCCUGUUGCGCCAGAACGACUCGUCGGGGUCAGAGAAGACGUGGGAGGAUCAGGAAACGUUCAGCGUCGGUCAGGAAAACCCAGAAUGAUAAUCCGACGGGGCAUCAACAGAGGGGUUGUGAAGAGUUUGAUGGUGUUGGUGUCGGCAGUUAUUUUGUUAAUACUCCUCCUGCAGUUCUUCAACAACCCGUUCAAAACUGAUUGGAAUCUUGCUUUACUGGAAAGCUUCAGUCAGACCUCUGAGGUGGCCAUCGACGUUCCACAGGGACCCUGUACUAUAAAAAGAGACUGUCCUGAUGACCACUACAGCUUCUUCAUCCAAAGCGGAGCCGCCAAUGUGGUUGGUCCAAAGAUCUGCAUCCAGAACAAACUGGUUCUAGGAUCAGUAUUGAACAACGUUGCACCUGGAAUAAACCUUGUUACAAUGAAUGGUAGAAGUGGAGCCGUCAUAAAGACCGGGACCUUCAACAUGUAUUCUGGAGAGGUGGAGCCGCUCAUCGACUUCCUGAAGGAGAUCGACAAAGAUUCUGUGGUUCUGGUCGCAUCCUACGACGACCCGUCUACAAAGUUAAAUGAUGAAGCCAGGAAACUGUUUGUUGAACUGGGAAGUUCUUCGAUCGAGACGCUGAAAUUCAGAGAUAACUGGGUGUUUGUUGGUGUGAAAGGAGAGUCUAUGAAGAGCAAACACGAGAAGGUCAGAAAGAACGACCGCGAGAUCAAUAAGUACGACGGCUGGCCCGAGCUGAUCGACAUGGACGGAUGCAUCCCCAAACACCUGGACUGAGCUGGAAGAAGAAGAAGAAGAAACUUGGACUGAGCUCAUAUCUGUACCUUCAGGAAUCAGAACGGACCUUUUGUUCUGCAGCCUGCUGAGUAAACGGGUCUCUGUUUGCUGGGCUGCAGCUUCGUUAUUUAAACCCCGCGGAUGUUUUCGCUGCUUCUCCGUCGUGUGGUGGAAGCUGGGCUCUGUUACAGUCGGCUGCUGUGGCCAAAAGGGGGAAAACGCCUUUAAUUCAACCUCCACAGUUCAUCUCCACCUCAUCAUUUACAACCAGCAGCUUCUCCGUCGUCUUUAAGGACUCAAACUAAAAAACAAAAAGCCUCCAAACUUUUAGUGUGUUUCAUUAAAAAAAAAAACAAGUCAAAUGUUUACGGGUUCCGUCCAUCUUCGGUGCCUUCGUAGGUUUUGUGGAGGAUACAGAAACUCAUUUUUAUUCCUGUUUUUUUCUCUCCCUUUUUUUUCUUUUGUUGUUUUGUUAAAUAACAUUUGGUGUAAAAUGUUUAAACUGGAGAAUAAAACUACCCUGAGAUGAA